GAAGUGGGGUUGGCCAUGCCCGCCUCGUCGGGACCUUUCGAGGUUAAAGGUGGUCCCCUGGCCGCCUGGGCACUCAGAGCCACCGCGGGGUGGAAGGCGACCCGACGGCACUCCAGCCUCCGGCCCUCGGGGAGCGGAGCCAGGGAGAAGAGGAAACUCUGGAAUGAAGGCCAAGGCCAGGACGGUAACGAGUUGGAGCGAUGCCAGCGGCAGGCGGAGGAGGUGACGGAAAUUAUGCUCAACAACUUCGACAAGGUCCUGGAGCGUGAUGGGAAGCUGGAAGAGCUGGAGCAGCGUUCAGACCAACUCCUGGACAUGAGCUCAGCCUUCAGCAAGACCACCAGGACCCUCGCCCAGCAGAAGCGCUGGGAGAACAUCCGCUGCAGGGUCUACCUGGGGCUGGCGGUGGCCAGUGGCCUGCUCAUCAUUCUGAUUGUGCUGCUGGCCAUCUUCCUCCCACAGAGCAGUGGGGACAGCAGUGCCCCGUAGGCCCAGGACACAGGCUUUGCCUCAGGGCCUGGGGACGGACUCAGCUGGGCCUGGGCAGAGGCUGAAUGACUUCAGUGGCCAGCUCUGGUCUCCAAGAACCCUGGUGUUUGUCUCCUUGAGCCACCCCAGUGACUCUGAAGGGCAGCCUGAGACGUGCACCGUCGUGCCUCCCAUCCUGCCGCAGGCUGGCCUUCCGUAGCGGCCUGCCGCUCCAGCGCACCGGCCGGCCCCACCUGGAGCUCAGUAAAAGCCACUGUC